CACUGAAUCAAUAACCCAAAGCUUUUCACUUCCCUUCUUGAGUCUACCUAACCACCAAAAUUCUCCCUCCCCCCGUUCUCUCUCUGAUUCUACCCCCCCCACGGUCCCCAAUUCGCCGGCGAUCUCUGGUCAGAAGUAUUCGAUAUGGCUUCAUUCAAAGCAUUCUUGAACAGUCCAGUUGGUCCUAAAACAACUCAUUUCUGGGGACCUGUUGCCAAUUGGGGAUUUGUCGUUGCUGGCUUGGUGGACAUGCAAAAGCCUCCAGAAAUGAUUUCCGGAAAUAUGACAGGAGCAAUGUGUGUUUAUUCAGCAUUAUUCAUGAGGUUUGCAUGGAUGGUACAACCUCGCAACUAUCUACUUCUAGCAUGCCAUGCUUCAAAUGAGACUGUGCAACUCUAUCAAUUCUCUCGUUGGGCAAGGGCUCAAGGGUACCUCUCAUCAGAGAAAAAAGAGAAAGCCUCGUCAGAGUAAUAGAAUACUGCUUUGAUUGUCCUGUGUUGCUGGGAUUCAUAUUUUGAUUUAUGGAGGAGCUGAUGGUAAUUGGAAUGUGAAAACACUUUCAUUGUACUACUAGUAAUAACCAUGAAGCAGAUUAUUGACUGAAGUUUGGUGUUCGUGAUUUAAUUCACCAAUUCAUUCAGAACAGUAUAUGAAAUAAUUGGCUUAAUUUCACUCAUGGUUGCUCAA